AUGAAGAGAUCUCGCUGUUGGUUGGCUCUGUUGUGUUGCACGUGUUUCCCUGUGUCCAAUGGGCGUGUCUGGUGUGAGACACCUGCCAACAUUCUAAUUGGGGAUCAUUUUAUCUCCUUUACUUCACAACCGGACCAGGCGUCGCCAUCUUCCUGCGUCGUCUCUUCCUGUGUCGUCUCAUGCUACGUUGUCUCUUCCUGCGUCAUCUCUUCCUGUGUCGUCUCUUCCUGCGUCGUCUCUUCCUGCGUCGUCUCUUCCUGCGUCGUCUCUUCCUGCGUCGUCUCUUCCUGCGUCGUCUCUUCCUGCGUCGUCUCUUCCUACGUCGUCUCUUCCUGCAUCAUCUCAUGCUACGUUGUCUCUUCCUGCGUCGUCUCUUCCUGCGUCGUCUCAUGCUAUGUCGUCUCUUCCUGCUUCAUCUCUUCCUGCGUCUUCUCUUCCUGCGUUGUCUCUUCCUGCGUCAUCUCUUCCUGCGUCUUCUCUUCCUGCGUCGUCUCUUCCUGUGUCGUCUCAUGCUACGUUGUCUCUUCCUGCGUCAUCUCUUCCUGUGUCGUCUCUUCCUACGUUGUCUCUUCCUGCGUCAUCUCUUCCUGUGUCGUCUCUUCCUACGUUGUCUCUUCCUGCGUCAUCUCUUCCUGUGUCAUCUCUUCCUGCGUCGUCUCUUCCUGCGUCGUCUCUUCCUGCGUCGUCUCUUCCUGCGUCGUCUCAUGCUACGUCGUCUCAUGCUACGUCUUCUCUUCCUGCGUUGUCUCUUCCUGCGUCAUCUCUUCCUGUGUCGUCUCUUCCUGCGUCGUCUCUUCCUGCGUCGUCUCUUCCUGCGUCGUCUCUUCCUGCGUCGUCUCUUCCUGUGUCGUCUCUUCCUACGUCGUCUCUUCCUGCAUCAUCUCAUGCUACGUUGUCUCUUCCUGCGUCGUCUCUUCCUGCGUCGUCUCAUGCUAUGUCGUCUCUUCCUGCUUCAUCUCUUCCUGCGUCUUCUCUUCCUGCGUUGUCUCUUCCUGCGUCAUCUCUUCCUGUGUCGUCUCUUCCUGCGUCAUCUCUUCCUGUGUCGUCUCUUCCUACGUCGUCUCUUCCUGCGUCAUCUCUUCCUGCGUUGUCUCUUCCUGCGUCGUCUCUUCCUACGUCUUCUCUUCCUGCGUCGUCUCUUCCUGUGUCGUCUCAUGCUACGUUGUCUCUUCCUGCGUCAUCUCUUCCUGUGUCGUCUCUUCCUACGUUGUCUCUUCCUGCGUCAUCUCUUCCUGUGUCGUCUCUUCCUACGUUGUCUCUUCCUGCGUCAUCUCUUCCUGUGUCAUCUCAUGCUCUGUCGUCUCUUCCUGCGUCGUCUCUUCCUGUGUCAUCUCAUGCUCUGUCGUCUCUUCCUGCGUCGUCUCUUCCUGCGUCAUCUCAUGCUGCGUCAUCUUCAAGCACACAUGCCCACAAUGA